GAAGCGCUCAGUUGACAAGGCGCGCGGGUCUAGGCAGUGUGUCGAGCUUACGGCAAUUUUCGGCUUUCGAAUUCGAUAAGUUGAACUGAUUGUGCUAGUGGCGUGAUUGUGCGUUUGUGAUCGUUAUUUUUGGUUUGUGAAAAGGCAAGGGGGACAUGGAGACCGUCGUCCAAUAUUUACUUCUGGCUUUGGCGUUGACUUCUGUGCAAAUAUCCUACACUGAAAGCCGUCUAAAUGAAAAACGCAGAGACAAGACCGAGAGGCGGUACCACGGAGCGCAAGUAAAGGACAACAUAUGCGAAAUUACUAAUAGAGAAUCAAAAGUGCAUUGCUACUGCGAGAAAACUGAAUAUAAAUCAGCCACAAGGGCAGACUGCUGGGUAUUCAACGGAGGAAUCGAUGAAACUGAUCCCAUAUGGACUAGUUUCAGUUCUCAACCAUAUUUAGAAAGACUUACGUUCAACGUCAGAUCAGAUGGAGCACUCAAGUUCAUUCCAUUACAAGUGAUCCGUAGACUAAAGAGGCUACAAAAAUUGUUCAUUCAUUACGCGACGCUCGAAAAAAUCGACAAAAAAACAUUUACGAACAUGUCAACAGUGAAAGAGAUAACGUUGAUGAACGACAAAAUAUCAGAACUGGACUUUUCAUCGUUCACAAAUCUCCCAUCGCUCGUAAACUUGACUAUAAAAGAGAAUAAAGUGACGGAGAUACAGAGAGACAUUUUUGUCGAUUUGCCCUCUCUGAAAUAUCUCGAUUUGUCAUCGAACAGCAUUAAUCUGGCGCACGACGGUUGUUUUGAACAUCUAACGGUGCUCAACGAUCUGAUAUUGGAGGGCAAUUUGAUUUCUGUGCUGACUAAAGACACUUUUAGGGGCUUGGCUAAUUUGACGAGAUUGGAUCUGAGAUCGAACAAGUUAAACAUGAUUGGCGAUUUAACGUUUACUGAAUUGUGGAAUUUAAACGAGCUACUUUUGGACAAUAAUGAAUUGAAAUAUCUUGAUGAGAGGGCGUUCGACGGUCUCGCGCUGCUUCAGAAAUUGUCAAUGACUGGUAAUAAAUUGAAAUCAAUCAACGAGGGUCUUUUGGAAGGUGUCCGCGGUCUUGAGUUAUUGGAUUUGAGGAACAAUGAGUUGGAAUAUUUUACUUCCGAAACUGUCAAGCCCAUUCUUGAGAAUUUAAAGAUGAAGACAUCGGUUUUGUAUUUGAGCGGUAACAAACUAACCUGUGACUGCCGCAUAUCCUGGAUUCAAGUCCUGCGGAACGAGACGAAAAGCGAUCCACUCAAAUUAGCACUCGACGAAGUAACCUGCUUACCAAACUCGGUCAAUAAAAUAGAAACUGUCAACGCGCUCAACGCAGAAACUAUCGAAGAGGCAAAAAGUGAACAAUUGUACGAAAUAGAAACCAACAGCGAAGUUCUACAGCAAGAUGGCAAUGAAGAUUAUGAUUAUAUAAGCCAAUACAAAUAUGAACCAACUGUACAACCAAUUAUUAAUAACCAAGUGGCUGUCGUGAGUCUGACACCAGAAUCAAUGCCUUGUCCCGGAGAGCUGGUCCAGAAGCAGGAAGAUUCAUUAAUGUUAUCGUCAAAGGAUGAGAGUUAUUGGCGAUCUAGCGCGAGUCUCAAUUUGCUGUCGAGUUUAUAUCUAUCAGUGACAUUCGUUAUAUGGCUUGCUGUUUGAACUGAAUGUAAUGAUGAGGUUUGUGUUGUGUUUGUACAUAUGAGGCUCUGGUGCGUGAUGUCUGAAGCUAUGAUGAUAAAUUAUUUAAACUGCAAAUACUUUUUAGUAUGAAAUAUUAUAUAGAAAUGGAUAUAAUAUCUGUACAUUAUAACAUUUUUCAUUUUGCUGAAUAUUUUAUCGUACGCGUAUACAUAACUUACUUUCUUAUUUUCAAUAACCUCUACGAAAAUUUGUUCAACGACCCCAAUGUAGAUUUUAAUAAAUUUGAACGUGCUAACUCCAAGUCACUAUUAAAAAUAUACAUUUUCUUAGACGUGAUUAGAAAUACGAAAUUCAUCCAGCACCCAAUAGACAUCACGUAGCAGUCUAGCGCUUGAUUUAAUCUAGACUUUAAAAAUGAAGACUGGUUUAGAUAUUUAACUAAAUUAUAACAGUGAUAGUGAUUAACUUAAUCGCAUUGUAACCAUCGUUGCAAUAUUUCGAAUCAUCGCGUUGGGACAUUGGAAACAGUAAAAUGCCAAUAGCACCGCACUUUGUACUGACCAUUUGGAUCGUUUCCAACUUGUUGAAAAUUUGAAGUUGUUUCAAACACAUACGUAUUCGAAAGCGAAAUAUUGCGACUGGUAUUUAGGUAUUAAGUGUAAUUAUUUGCCGUACACCGUUCAGCUGUAUAAGGCCAUAUUUCAUUUAUAAUUUCAACGGUCUGUUUAAUUCAUUUUUGUAAACAAUAAGCUGAUUUAUGGUUUUUAGUGAUAAAUAAACAUGGAAUUGUAAUUAUGCGUAUGUUUCACUCAACUUAUUUGUAGAUGCAUUAUCAUAGAUUUAUUUAUAGACGUCAUGUUCACGAUUCCUUCAUGUACGUUUCGGCUUGCUUAUAAAAUGUUGUGAGAAUUGUAACAUAGUAAACACUUAAGAGAUGUAAAUACUAGAAAUAGUUUUAAAGGUUUGGCUAUCAAUAAAAUUUGUGAUGAUCA